CCUGGAGCAGAGCGCGGCUGAGAUUUCAGGGGAACGUUCCAAACCCGAACGUUCGCUUCUCAGUGUUCUAAGCCACACCGGUCCCUCCCCGCGGGAUCCCCCGUCGCUUCGAGUCCCAGGCCCUCUUCUGAAUUCCUCCCUGCCUUUCGUGACAGCCGCGGGAGAAGAUCUUUCUCUCUCUCUCUCUCCCCCUCUCCUUAGUCCUUUAAAGGAGCUGUUUUCUUUAGGGGGAGUUGUAGCAGAUCUCCCAAAUUCUGAGGGGGGGGAGGGGAGUUGCAUAACUUUCCUUCGGGGCUUGACUUGGAUUUGCUUCAACUGUUCUUGGAGAUCCUGCGAGAUAAAGAGACACUUUGGGGAGGGAGAGGAUAACCGCCUUGCAUUUUCUGCUUGAGGCCUUUUUCGCAAACGAGCGGAGUAGGGGGAGAAAGGUCGAGAGAGUUUUGCUUCGGAAACUUAAUUCGCCGCAGACCGAUUCCAGCUACAGGAAUCUUGUCUCGGUCGGAGCAAAGGAGACUAGAACGCCUGCAAGACAACUUUAGAAGGAGGAAUCCUGGCCUGCCGGCUCUGAUUAACUCCUGCUUCUGGCCCCCACCCACCCCCUGCCUCUCCCUCUCUGCGAGGUCCCGCGGCAAACUUUUCUGGCUCGAGGUAAGAAGAAAUGAAUCCUGCUGCCGUCCCUCCCCCGCCGGGACAGCAAGUGAUCCAUGUCACCCAGGAUCUGGACACUGACUUAGAGGCUCUCUUCAACUCGGUCAUGAACCCCAAGCCCAGCUCGUGGAGGAAAAAGAUCCUGCCCGAAUCUUUUUUUAAGGAGCCCGAUUCGGGAUCUCAUUCCCGCCAAUCGAGCACCGACUCGGGAAGCCACCCUCCCCGGCUUAGCAGCGGUGCCGUCGGGGUCCACCACGUCCGCUCUCACUCUUCGCCAGCUUCCCUGCAGCUGGGCACCGGGGCGGGAGCCACCCCGACUCCGGCUCAACAGCAUGCCCACCUCCGCCAGCAGUCCUACGACGUGACGGAUGAGCUGCCGCUUCCUCCCGGCUGGGAGAUGGCGCUCACGCACACGGGUCAGAGAUACUUCCUCAACCACAUAGAGAAAAUUACAACUUGGCAAGAUCCUCGAAAGACUAUGACCCAGCCAUUAAAUCACAUGAGCCAUCAUCCUUCAACCACUUCCACCCCAGUAUCACAACGUUCAAUGGCCAUGUCGCAACCCAACCUCGUAAUGAAUCACCAGCACCAGCCACAGAUGACACCCACUGCAUCUAUAUCUCAGCAGAAUCACCCUCCACCAAACCCUCAAGCUGCCUUAUUGAACAUGCCAAAUGCUCUGACUUCCCAGCAGCAACAGCAGCAGAAGCUGAGGCUUCAGAGAAUCCAAAUGGAGAGGGAAAGGAUUCGCAUGCGUCAGGAGGAACUCAUGCGUCAGGUUCAGCCUACGCUUGAAGACUGUUUCUGUUGCUUUACUCUGGAAGUAGUGCUUUCCUUCUUUCUUACCUUGGCUCAAUUUGUUUCAAGCAGGCAAUGUAGAGCACAACUAAGCAUGACUUUUCAUGUCUCAAUUCAUAGUGGGCCAUACCAUUCCAGGGAGCAGAGCACAGACAGUGGCCUAGGCUUAGGAUGUUACAGCAUACCGACUACACCUGAAGACUUCCUCAGCAAUGUAGAUGAGAUGGACACAGGAGAAAAUGUAGCGCAGACUUCCAUGAAUAUCAACUCCCAACAGACACGCUUUCCUGACUUCCUUGACUGUCUUCCAGGAACAAACGUUGACCUUGGGACAUUAGAGUCUGAAGACCUGAUCCCAAUUCUUAGUGAUGUGGAAUCAGUCCUCAACAAAAACGAACCUUUUCUUACCUGGUUGUAACUGAUAACCCAACAUUUCCUUUCCCUCUAGAAUUUAAGGCCAAGCCUCCUCAAGUCCUUCAGCUAACCAGCCUAAUCCUUUGCUGACUUUUCCAGCCCCUUUAUAGGUCAAUGAAUCUUGAUCAGGAUGUCAUUGACAAUAACUUACAUUUGAAAUGUACACACAUACAAAAUACACACAUCCCUAGUUUUAAGGAGUAGAAUUGCUUAUAGAUAUUAAAUGUAAGUUUCUCCUAGAUGUGUUUUGAGGACACAAAGGGGUAGGGGUUUUUUUUUGCACCAGGUCUAAACUGAACGGUCAUCAGUUACACACAAUUAAGUGUAUAAUUAAGGACAUGAUGACUGUAAGAAGUUUUAGACUGCAGAAGUUAGGUUGGUUCUGAAAACCUAGCAUACACUCAAAUAACAGCUCUGUGGUCAUAUUUAAUUGCACCAAAUGCUUGUUAUUUACAAGAGUUUUAAAAAUCAUCAUUAUUUUAAAUAAACUCACAUUGUAGGGAAUACAGCUUUCUUUCUUUUCAAUUCCAAGUCAACCAGAGAGCAACUUUUUUUAAAAACCUGUAAAGCACAAACAUUACCAUUGAGACUUUUUCAGUUGCUACAUGGUUUCUAGUAAUCAAAAGUGAAAUGUUUUAGCUGCUGUUUUUACACUACCACUACAUUAUAAAAUCAACCAGGUUGAUACUAAUUGCUGCCAUUUUUAAACUAUAUAGAAAAUGAAAAAAUGCAAUUAUAUAUGUUACAUUCUUUUUUAAUUUCAUUUUAAAGAAGUACACUUUAUAUGUAGCUGUUUUAAAAACUAUUUUAAGGUGAAUCAUAAAAACAAUACUUUUUUUGUUGUGUUAUACACAAAUCAAAAAAAUAUAUCUAGUAAAAUCGAAUUUCAGAAUUCUGGAGAAAAACUCACAUUAUUGAAUACAGUAACAGUUUUGUUGAACCUCAUUAUAUAUUUUUUCUUUUUAGCAAUAUUACAUUUUGUUGAUCAGAUUUUACAAGCUAGAAAUAAUAGCUUCACUUUAUCAGUUAGGUGAAAACCAAUAUCUCUUGGUCAGUGUAGCAAAAGUACUUAACUUUUUAGCCAUUUGCUUUUUAAUUCUGGCCUAUGAGACAAAAGACUAUUGUUGGUGUACUCCUAGCUAUAUUCCUAUAAAGAUUAUUAAAUAGUUGAUAUCUGGGACUGAGAAUGCAUCAAGGAUUUCAAGUAUUCACUUUGCCUGAAAUGCAAAUGACGUCCUAAGAUUAAGUAUUUUAAAUUGUUUUUAUUUAUAAUCUAUGAACAUUAAGCUUUUUUAUAUUGAAAAAAAUAUCUUUUUAUGGAAGGCAUUAUAAUUAAUACAGGCCUUUUAAUCAGUGAUAUGCAAACCAAACAAAAAGGUAAAGCACACUGCUAGGCUUCAAGCAUACAAAUAAACAGUCAUCAUUGUAUUACAGAACUGGCCAGUUCUGUACUUGGUGAAGAGAAAAGGCAGGUGAAAUAAAUGUUAGUUUGAAGUCAAUAAGAUAGGUUGAAGAGUGGCUAAGGAGAAAAUGCAGAUAGCAAUGCUGGAGUAUUACAAAGUCAAUUCUGGGGAUUACCCCAGUGAAUCAAUUAAAUGUUGGCGAACACUAUUUUGUGGUAGAAUUGUUACUUGAAGGUAUUUGUUCUGAAUGCACCAGGAUAGUUUUCUUUUCACAAUAUUUUAAUCAUGAGUGAUUCAAAAACAAAAUCCAAUAUUUGUGAAGUUUUAAUAUUUGACCCAGAAAAUAUUUUGUGUUUGUUUUAUAAAGGCAGGGAUGGGUAGGCAGACAUAAGUAAGUAGAUUAGUUUGUUUUAGCAGAUUCUUGCACCUACUAAAAAUAUUUUCCAUCAAUGGGCAUUCUUUCCCUUUUAUUUUCAUUUCUUUUCAUUUUGCUUGCUCACUUAACAUAUAGGAUUAAUCAUUAAGAGAGCAAGAGAUUUGUCUUUAAGCAAUGUUAUUGCAUGUUUUCACUAUUUAAAGGUUAUCAGCCAUGAUAUGAAAACCAGACACUCCUACGAUGUUUACUAUUUUAGCUAUGUGAACAAGUUUCUUCUUUCUUGAUUUUUUUUCUUACCUGCUUAGAAAAACAGGAAGUUAUUAAUGGCAGAUCCAAAUCUUACUUUGUUGUAUGGCCAGUGCUCUUGUGCUCAUCGAGAAACUGCAGAAACACUGCCGUAGAUCUCUUGUUCACUCAGCACCAGACUGCUUGGCAAUUUUUGGACUUCUGCAGAUUUACAGAUUACAUAGUAAUAUUCGCUGUGACAGACUGGGCUUCUAGCUGGCAAUAGGCUUCAAUCAAAGGUAGCUCACUUAUUCUAAAAAAUUACCAGAUCCAAUAGUGUAUAUUAAUAUUUGAAGUGACAUUUCCCACAUAUUUGUAGCCAACAUCGUGUUCCAUUUUGUACAACCAAAAACAGCCACCAAAGGAGCUCUUCCAAGUUGUGUAAGUGGUAUGAUUUACCUCCUUUGAAUUGAUUUUCCAGAAUUAGCCUGCACGAAUUAGAAUGACUUCAAUUUAAAGUGAAAAUAGCUUAGAGAAGGAACUAAACUUCACCCAGGCCCCAGCUGGAUCUAGGAGUGAGGAAUGGGCAGAGAAGCAAAAAUUAAAGCAUUAGAGCAGAAAUUUCAAACCUUUUCUGGUUCACAUCCUAUUAAUUUUAAAAAAUUCUCAGAACCCCUAGAAAAAAAAUCAAGAGACACUAGUAAUUUAAAAAAUGGCUCAUUUGAGUGUUUCAAGGGACGGGGAUUAACCACAGCCUUUGUACACAGAAAUAACUCCAUUACAUCUUCAUGGAACACUGAGGGUUCCACAGUUUGAAACACGUUACUGUAGAAAAUUGUAGCAAACCGCAAACAUCCAAAUGACCAUUAAAUGGUAGCAAGGAAAUAUGGAAAACACUAUAUUCGGCUACCAUUAAAUGAUCUAUAUCUAGGCUUUUCCAAUGUAAACCUAGUAAGCCAAUAAUUUUUAUAAAUAGAAGAAGGAAUUCUGUGCAUACUUCCUUGUUAGAAGAGAUUGCUAGGGAUGCUUGUUAUUGCCACACCUGUGAUCACUCUGGAAUUGAAGUACAUAAAUGAAUGGGGGACACAAUGAGAAAAUAAUACUCAUAACCUUAUUCCUCACCAUGAUGAAAGUAAAUGCUAUAAGCUUAGAGCCAUCAGAACAAGGUUUGAAAAAUCUAGCUGCCCACUAAAAAAAAUCUAGAAGACUAGCUGCCAGCAAAAGAGCUACCGUUUUCUGUAUAUUUUGUACCAAGUGGAUUUUGGGAGCCCAGAUCUGGUUAAUAGAAAUAAUGCUGAACCAUUCUAUGUUGUGGGGGGAUGGGGAAGCUGCAUUGUAACUAGCAGUAUACUUUACGUUUAAGGCUCUCAGUAGUUUCCUAGCCCUACGACUUCUAGUACUCCGUGGGAAUCACUUCUGAAUAGGUGUGCAUAGAUACUUUGCCUGACAACUUUACAGCCCUGUAAGUCUUUUGGGAUUUGAUUUCCAGAAUUCAGUCCAAUAGGACCAAUUAAAAUUCAGGGAGUUAGCAGAUCCAAGGCUGGUUUUGAACAAGGCAGAUAAAUCGAGCAAAUAAGUUAACCUAUGAAGGCAUCAUGCAGAACAAAGAACAACUAGGAC